GGGCCUGAAAAGUAAGCCGGGCUUUCCAGCGGUUUAGUUUUUUAUGCUUGCGGUUGGAGUAACCAGGUAACAAUUCAGGGGUAUUUUUACUUCUUCCCUUCUUCCAGUCAGGUAGGUUUAAAAUUUAAAUUUAUUUUCUACGGCUUGGAGAAGUUCUGGGACUAUUCAGGUGUCGUUACAUCACAGGUAAAGCACGAAAAAAGCGAUUUUGGGUGUCUGUUGAAGAAAGUAAAACCAUGCUUGCAAAGUACAUUGAAGCAUAGUUAGUCUUCUACUAUGAUUAAGUUUAAGUAACUGGGCUUAGAUGAACUGCAACUUGAGGUCUCCUUGCUACAUAUCAUGGUGCAAACGGAAUACUUUUCGGAAUACUUAUUUAGAGUUAGAUAACAGGUCGCAUUUGGAGUGUGUACAAACUAAUAAUUAAAGCUGUAAUGCUAGUGGUGGGUUUUCAUUCCAAGAAGUAAGACUUUUUGCAGUGAUAUAAAAACAUCAAUAUUUCAGGGUUACUGACUUUAUUCCAAUCAAUUCACUUACCGCUAGUUAGUAGUAUAAGCUGUAGAUGUCACUAAAUAAGAAAAACAAAUCAUUUUAAGUGAAUGAAUAAAUAAUGAUCUUUUAAUUAAAAAAGACUGGUGGGACUGAGCAAAUUAACAGAAACAAACAAAUCCGAUAGUAGUGAAGUUGAGUCUAAACUUUCGUCUGAUCUAGAUACUUUAAUUAGUUUGUUCUAAUUUAACGUUUACCACAACUAAGUGUGGUUUUAUUUUAUAUAAUAAUAAUAAUAAUAAUAAUAAUAAUAAUAUUUAUAGAGGGAGCCCAACUCACCAAGGCGGUUUUCGGUGGGGCCCUCAUUUUUAGUAUAUGCAUAUAGACUUGUUUACAUAUUGGUCCAAAGCAAUGAAAAAUCAGGUGCCAUUCUGAUUUGGAAUGCAAAAGGCUACACUUAGGACAUUUUUCUAAGGAUCUGAGCAAAAAUCGAGCCAGUGUGGCUGUGCUGGACGGUGGGAAUUUGGGUUUUGUAUAUCCAGAAUGAUCACUGACCAUUAAUUGCAGACAUCUGUGACAUGUCACGAAAAUAGAAAUGCUCCUGACCAUCUCAAACUUACCAGCAAUAAUGUACCAUUUCAAGUUUUUCUUUGUUCAGUCGGCAAAAUCUGGGAUGGUCAGGAAACAGCCAAAUCUACGAUAAUAAAUUCUUUAAUCUAAAACAAUUCUUUGAUUUAUAAGUGGUAUUUUCACUGGUCGGCAGCGCAUAAAACUUGGUCUCCUUUCUCAGGAUUUUCUCGAUUUGCCCCUGACAAUUCCUUUGCCUCUUUCCCUAGUUAGUUGGACUAAUGAGUUAAUGUUCAAAUAAUUAACUACAAUGGUGAUCAAAAGAAUUUUGGACAAGGUGGAAAAACAAAAACAAUUAUUGGAUGGGUUUUGGGUUCAUCCCUUCUUCAACCCACUGCCCUCAAAAGUUUUGUGAUCCCCCAUUUCGCUCACAAUUCAACAUUGUUUGGGAGGGAGUGGAGAGGGUGCCAGUUUACUAAAAUUAUACCACUUUUUAGAUCCCAACACUUUUGAUCCCCAUUGUACCAAUUUCUUUUCGCCCCUGGAGAUUUUGUUGAAAAACAUGUUUUGCAGCUAUAGUUGAGCGGUUUUCUGGUCACUGUCGUGUCAUAGAAAGCUAAAACUUACCACAAAGCCGUUUACAGGUCAUACUCUUUGUGCCAGAUGCAAAAUAUUAGCUUGCGUAGUUCAGGCUUGCACAUAAAACAAAAUUUUGGGUUUAAAAGAGACAUAGCAAUCUUGACUUUUACUUUUCACUUUCUCUCCUCCCCUCUUGUUUCACUUUUCCUGCUUCUUUAUUUCUUCUAUUGCUUGGCAUUUAGGAGGCUUCAUUUUCGUGGGAAAAGUUUUCAGGGAUGCUUUUAGGAUCUUAAUUACCGGUAGGAUUAGACGAAAGGAAAGGUAGGAGGGUAGUGGAACAAGAUUUUCAUGGAAAUUUUCAGGUCAAUGGUGGUUUUUUGCCUUUUUCUCUGGUGUCUGUGGCUGAAUAUUUUGUGCUCAUUCUGGUAUGGUUUGAAAGAUGUCUCCACUCGGCACAAGUUAGUGAACUAAGUUGUCCUUGACCAUUAAAACUGAUGAUAUCACAAACGGUAGAAGGGAGGUUGAUCUGCACGGGCACUUUACAGGUGCCUCAGGGGCGAAUGGGUGAAAAAAUAAUUUUAUUCAUCUGAUUCUGUUUUUUUGUUUUUCUUCUUUAGGUUUGGCGCAGUAUCAUAAAUGGGUUUUGGGGAAAGAAAAUUCUUAGAAGCUGCCCACGAAAUAGACAAUAUUACACUGGAUGGAUUUGAAUUUUUAACAGAAUCCAAAAAGGAAUCUGUUGAGUGUAAAAUUUACAGAAAAUAUGAGGAGGUUGGUUACAUGUUUAUCUACAGUCAAACACCUGUUAAGUGGUCACCUUAAAAUAUCUGAUUUACUGCAUUAACUUGAGGGUAGCUUGGCAUAUACUGCAUUGAUCACAAAUUAAAAAUGAAGCUGUUCACUCAGGGUACUUGUCACUUUUGAUGAGCAUCUGAAGUCUCUACUAGCCACUUUUUGUACUUAGAUGAAAUAUCUAAAAGAGUAUCUGGGAAAUUAAUAUAGGGGUCCUGAUGAGAUUGAAAAAUUUAAUGUAUACUAACCUUAGCAAGCUUAGAAUUUACAAAUCUUCUUUUUUGCCACAAUUAACUUAUUGUCAGAUGGUCUGGUACUUUUGUAGAAAAUCUGAUCACUGAAAGUUUGAGAGACUCCAAGAGAAUGCGCUUAGAUCUGUGUAUUAUGAUAAAAGUAGUGCAUACGAUGAGCUUCUUGUAAGGGCAAAACUCCCCUCACUGCUGAACAGAAGGCUUCAGCGGAUAGCAAUAGUAAUGUACAAAGUCAAUUAUAAUUUAUGCCCUAGUUAUAUAUCUGAUAUUUUUAAUUUAAGCAACCGAAGUUAUAACCUGAGAAAUUCAGACAAUUUUAUGAUUCCAAGAAUAAAUAAGUUACCACCUAUGGGAAACACAGUAUUAGAUAUUUUGGCCCUGUAAUAUGAUCUAAAGAAAGUAUGCACAUUAAGAGUUCUGUAACACUUACUUCUUUUAAGAACCAGGUGAGAAAAGUAGACAUUGAGAACCUCCAAUUAGAACUGACACCUGUAAGAACAGUCACCUGUACUAGUGUAACUCUUAAUGGGGUGGGCAGGGUUUCUGAGUUUGUUUCUUUGUUUGUUUAACUUUUUUAGGUAGUUAGGUAGUUAUAAUUAAUUAGUUCUAUUUGAAAGGAAAGGUAGGUGGGCAAUGGAACAAGAUUUUCAUGCAGAUUUUCAGGUCAAUCUUACAUGGUUUUUUGCAUUUUUCUCCGGUGUCCUUGACUGAAUUGUGAUCAUUCUGGUAUGGUUUGAAAGAUCUCUUCACUCUGCACAAGUUAGCGGACAAAGUUGUCCUUGACCAUUAAAACUGAUGAUGUCAUAAGUGGUAGAAAGGACGUGGAUCCGCACGGGCGGUUAUGGGCGCUUCAGUGGUGAAUGGGUUAAUGUAAAUAAGGGUAGUGCAGCCCGUGUGUUGGCCAAGUGCUUACCACUCAAACUUUGAAUCUGUCCGAGUUAAUGCCUUGUCGUUGUGAUGCUUUCUUAACAAAGAAGACUUUGCUCCACUUUGCCUUUCUCUCCCAGCUAUAUUGAUUUUAAUAUUAAUACAGCUGUAUAUAUUAAUAUUCUAAAAUUUGAUUUUUUGGAAGAAAUUGUUGGUAUCAGAAGUUUAGACUGCUCAUCACCAAGAUUCACAUUCUUUAAAGGCUUCUGGCCCAAAAAGACAUGCACCCUGUUCAAGACUCUAGACCUUGAAAAAUCAUGCCCUUUUCAGCGGCACAGACAUGCUUAAGCCAAAUAAGAAAGUGCCCUUUCUGUUGAGACUUAUGUAAAGAUGGGUAUAAAAGGCACAGGAUACCCAUGUAGUUAGAGCUUGACCUUGUUUUUACCGCUUGUGUUUUGUUCCACAGGUGUCAGGAUUGUAUGAAUAUAAAAUAAUGGGGUCAAUUUCAGAUGUUCUUCCCGAUGUAUGCAAACAGGUGUACAUGGACCUAGAGUAUAGAAAAAACUGGGAUGAUUAUGUUUAUGGUAAGUUAGCAAUGGGAAAAAGUAAAUAUUGAAGUGAGGCAUCCCUAACUGAAAAUUUUAAUAAAAUAUCCCAAAUGUGAAUCCCCAUCUACAAAGGCCCCCAAAAAAUGUCUCACUGGACAAAACCUUCCCCCUUGAAGCUUGUUCUACAGGUUCAAAUCCCAACGAGUGUGUAUAAAAUGCGAGCCAGCGAGUCAUGUGAGCCAUGCAGACCAUUGAAGAAGCAUUGAAAAAAACUACCAUAAAAAUCGAAAACAGUAAUACGAAAAACGUUAACUGAACGCUAACUGUUGUAAAUAAGUGUUUAACCCUAAACAGCGCUUAACCCUAGUGCUAAAAUGAGUGCUUAACCCUUCGUAAAAUGAAAGCUUAACCCUAAUCAGCACAAUAAGUGCUUAACCCUAACCAAUAUAAUGAUUGCUCAACUCCUCAUCUGUGAAUUUGCAGUUUUUACUUGUGUUUCCUCUUUUUUUACUGAUGCCUCGCAUGACUCGCGUGACUCACUGGCUCCCAGUUUGUCAAGACCCAAUUAGUAACCUGUCUCUCACAAUAAGUUUCCCAUGAUCAUUCAUUGUGUGAUUAUUAAAUGUUUUUGUUUUUAAUAUAUUUUAUAGAACUCUAUGAAUUUGAGGAGGAUGGAGUUAAAAACAUAUACUGGAGUGUGAGCUAUCCUUGGCCAAUGUCAAAUAGAGAUGUAUCCUUCAGCACUUUACAUCUGUGAUGCAUGCAAAUUUCAGAUUAUCCCCUGAUCUAUAUUUAAUACUAACAUUAGACCUGUAGCUUACAUUACUAAAUGCCAGAUUAAAAUUGAAUUAAAAGAUUGUUUAAUUUUUAAAGAUGUAGGAUAGUGGAAGUAACCAGAGAGGAAUCUCUAAGAAAUAAUUUAAUAAACCAACAUAUGAUUAUACAUCAAACCAUGAAACAUGUGGAACAAGUAGGGUGGCCAAUAACUUGUUCCUGAAACUUUUCAUCUGAUCUCAAAAUCAAGGAACUGUUUGUGAUGUUUAUUGAAGUUUCAUGUUUUUAAUUUUUUUUUACUGCAAUGUCUUGAAUUUUUCAGAAACAUCUUAGCAUCUUGGGCAGUCUUGGGCACUUUCCUAGAAAGUCAUGGUAGCUUAAAUUUUCAGGCCCAAAGCAAAAUUAUCAAAAUCAAAAUCUUUAGGAAAAAAGCAUGGGUAAACAGCUAACAAAAAAAUCCACUUUCUUUUGUUCGCUGAUCAGAUUUAUCAUAUUAACUGCAGAACUAUUGAAACCUUGAUCUUUAAUUAAAACACAGUAGUUUUCUGUGCCUGGUAAUAAUACCAGGAUUUUUGAGAAACAGACUCCAGGUCUCUCUGGACAUAUGCAUCCUGAGCAUACAACUGCAUUUAGAAGUGAUUGAAAAACAAUGUGCUUAUAAUGAAUAUUUUCGUUAACUUUAUAACAGUACAUAUAUACAAGGGCUUUGCGUGAGCUGGAAGUUAAUAGCAUACCAACUGUAGUGGUAUUAGCUGAGAGUAAUUUAUUGACAAAGACUCCAGAAAGAAGUGGAGUUAUAAGAGUUAAAGAGUAUCAUCAAAGUCUUAUUAUUCAGAGUGAUGGUAUGGUGGGCACUAAAGGUAGGUUCUCUCCCUUAAUGACAAAAACGUAAGAUGAAUUCCAUCAGGAAAUUGAGUAAUUUCAGUUUUUAGUGGACAAAAACCUUGUUCCAGAAUAAUUUAAACAAUAUCGCAUUCUUUUUUUACAUUUUUCAAGGGCUAAUAGAUAUUAGUUAUCUGUAAUUAACAACAAAUACUAUUUCUCAUGGGAGCCCAAGAAAAUAAAUGUCAAAUUUCAAGAGAAUUAUGAAAACACAGAUAAAAUUCUGAAAAUUUAAUGUAUAAGGUGUCAUUUUGUGGAAAUAUUUGACAUUUAUUUCUCGGGCUCUCAUAAGAAAUUUUCGUUGGUGUUAUUACAGCUUACUAAUUAUAUCUAUAGCCCUUGAAAAAUGUAAAAAAAGAAUGCGAUAUUGUUUAGAUUAUUCUGGUACAAGGCUUUUGUCUGCUGAAAAUUAAAAUUACUCAGUUUCCUGGUGGAUUCCCUCUUAAACCCUUUCAGUACCAAGAGUGACUGACCUCAAGGGAAGUCUGGGUGAAGCUGUGCCACCGAGGCCUUCAAACCAUGACCCUGUUUAAAAGUUGCUCAUUUUGCCACCCUGCAGUUUAGGAUAGGAGACACUACUUUCUGACCCUGAUUUGUUUUGUUUCGCAUACAAAAUUAAGUGCUUUUUCACACUAAAAUCGUGGAAAUAGAUAUUAAGGAAAAAAUAUUGGUAUUGCAAAUAUAGAUUGCUCAUCGCAAGUCUUUGAAAGGCUUCCAGUCCAAAAAGACACCCUGUUCAAGACCCUUACUAGUGAAAUUGUAUACCCUGUUUAAGACUCAGGACCUUGAAAACCAUACCCUGUUCAGCAACACAUACCUGCCUAGGCCAAAUAAGGGAGUGCUUCCCCCGCCUCCCCCUUGGGUGACCAACUUCAAUUUCCUCCCAACAAUAUCAUUACAUAAAUUAUGAAUACAACAGUUAUGAGAAUUGCUCAAAUGAUCACCGAAGGGACAAUGUUUUGAUCCAUUAUCAAAUUCUCUCAACUAAUUAUAAGUUCUUUGGGGAAAUGUUGUUUUUAAAGAAAUAACAGCCUACAAAAUGCUCAAAUUCAUCAUAUCAAACCAGGAUAAAACACAUUGAUUUUAAUGAUAAUUGAAAAAUUAAUCCAGAAACAUUCAUUUGGUGAACAUUACUAAAUUGUGAUCAUGUUUGUGGGAACAAUAACCAUGGCUUACUGAUAACACACUAUCUAAUUUAGUUACUUAUGAUAUUUAUUUGUUUAAUUAAAUAUAUGUAUUUUUACAGCUUUUAUGCAUUACUUUGAUAACCCUGGAGGACUUAUCCCUUCCUGGCUUAUAAACUGGGGUGCAAAGGUCUGUAUCGUUAAAUUAAUUACAGUGUGUAGUUUUGUCUGA